CGAGGCGCGCCUAAGACGCGGCGGUCGUACGUCGGGUCCGGUGUUGCGGUUUGCGCGCAGCGCGAGUGACCGAUCGAGCGCUCCUGCGGCUGUGUCGGGUCGCUGCGGGACGGUCUAGGAUAGUCGAAGUCGCGCUCCAUCUUUCGUACGUCGUUACGUCCUCGUCGUCGUUCCUGCGGUCGCUGCGGAUCCGUGCAGAGAUCCGCGACUGCUCGCGAUGGAGUGCGAAACGUUGGCAUCAGUGUAUCCGGAACCGCUACGCUCCUAUUAACGGAGGAUAGGUGAAACGCGAGAGGUAGAGACGGAUCACGAGGAGGAGGGAAGCCCCCCUGUGUGAUGGGUGUCAGGACAGCGAAGAGACGAGGGCAGACCACCUCGUACUCGGGCCUCGUUGUCGUCGUCGUCGUCGUGGCCGCCGCCGCCGUCGUCGUCGUCGUCGUCGUCCUAUCAUCGCGGUCAUCGUCGCGCUGUCGCUACCCCGUCAUCGUUCCACCACGUUCAUCCUCGGCGAACGCCGAGCUGUCGCUAGCGAAGAGAAGACCGCUUUGGUUAUGCGCACACGCCAAACCGCAAGCGGGGUGUUCGUUGUAACUGCACGGGAUUCGUCGGUGCCCGUGACACGGGUUCGGGAGGGAAAGGGGCGGCGGGACGACGGCGGAGAGGAACGAGAACACUUGUCAGAGCAGCAGCGGGAGGGAGAAAGAGUGCGUGGUGGACCGCGGCUCUCCGAGCGAGAGCGAGAAUAACUAGAGGGAGGCAGCACGGAUCGAGCGUGGGUCGGAGCGAGUCGAGGGGCGAGAGGAGCGCGACACUCUGCCCCUAUAUAUAGGAGGGUGCUCGGCGCGAGCGGGAAAGCGGAGAUACUCGGCGAGGGACGACGUUCUCGGCCGAGAUUCUCGCAUCUUUCGAAGCCGUCACCGGCCCCCGCGGGGCGCAGCGUCAUCGGCGUGCGGGUCCGCGUCGCGGAGGUCGCGCUCGGGCGUGAGCGCAGCCCGCGGCGGGGGUCGCGGGGCGUUCGGACUCGCUCGGCGGACUCGGCCGGGCAUAACCUGUUCGCAGCGCGCGCCAAAGUGUCAGCUGGUGUCGCCAGGCGUGACGGCUCUCGGCGCGGGAUUCGAGCGCUCGCGCGUCCCGAUCGCACCGUCGACCCUCCUCCCCCACCUCCCGCACGGCCGCCUGCCCGAAGACGCCGUCGUUAACGCCGUCACGAUGUUUACGUUCAAGAAGGGCGUCACGGUGUUCACGGGCAAGAUCAAGAUCGAGGUCUGCGAGGCAGUGGGGCUACGCGCGACCGACAAGCAGCGCAAGUUCUGGCAGGAUGAGCCGAUACUCGAUCCCUACGUCCAGGUGGACAUCGACGAGAUGCACAUAGGCCGAUCGUCCACCAAGAUGAAGACCUCCAGCCCGGUCUGGAACGAGUCUUUCAGCCACAACGUGGAGGACGCGGUCAUGCUGGGCGUCACCAUCUUCCACGACGCGGCACUGCCGCCAGAUUACUUCGUCGCCAACUGCCACAUCCCGAUGGAGGAGCUCGCCAAGCAGGACAGCAACAGCUCCGACUUCUGGGUUGAACUAGAACCUCAAGGAAAAUUGAAGGUGAAAAUAGAAUUGCUAUGCACUGAUCCAGGUUUAGAUGAAUCGACGACGAGCUCUAGCUCGAUGGAAGGCGCUAGCAACCGGAGUAUGAACGCCGGCAAGGAACAGCGACGGGAAUUCAAGGCUUCAAGUCAGGGCUUCAACCACCGGCGUGGAGCGAUGCGGCGUAGGAUCCAUCAAGUGAACGGUCACAAAUUCAUGGCUACCUUCCUCAGGCAACCGACAUUCUGUUCGCACUGCCAUGAUUUCAUCUGGGGCUUGGGCAAGCAGGGCUAUCAGUGUCAAGUAUGCACUUGUGUGGUCCACAAAAGGUGCCAUAAGUCCGUGAUAACGAAAUGUCCAGGAAUGAAACAAGAGGAUAAAGGUACUGGGUUGCAGUUGAGCCAAGACAAUGAGAGCACGCGCUUCAACAUUGACAUACCGCAUCGUUUUAUUGUUCAUAAUUACAAGAGAUUCACAUUUUGUGAUCAUUGUGGAUCUCUGUUGUAUGGCUUAUUCAAGCAAGGUUUACAAUGUCAAGCUUGCAACAUGAACGUGCACAAACGGUGCCAGAAGAACGUACCGAACAGUUGCGGCAUCAAUGUGAAGGCAAUGGCUGAUAUCCUGAAAACGAUGAACAUCUCCGCGGACAAGCAAAUAAAAUCUUCGAAGAUUAAUUACGCAGCCUCGAUCACAGGCUCGUACACAGGCGAGACGUCGAGCACUUAUUACGAGAGAGAGAGGAGGGAAGUGCCGGUUAACGAGAGCGGGGUACCCGUGAACGGCACGGAACUGCGGAAAUUCGGCAUAAAGGACUUCAAUUUCAUCAAAGUCCUCGGAAAGGGCAGUUUCGGCAAGGUCAUGCUGGUCGAACGGAAGAGCAGUCCCGACGAGCUCUAUGCCGUGAAGAUCCUGCGGAAGUCCGUCAUCCUGCAGGACGACGAUGUGGAUUGCACGAUGGCGGAGAAAAGGAUCUUGACUCUGGCGGCGAGACAUCCCUACCUGGCGGCCAUCCACAGCUGCUUCCAGACGACCGAACGACUCUUCUUCGUUAUGGAAUACGUGAACGGCGGUGACCUGAUGUUCCACAUUCAGAAGGCACAGAAGUUCGACGAGGUAAGGUCGCGUUUCUACGCGGCGGAGGUGACGCUCGCGCUUCAAUUCCUGCACAAGAAUCACGUGAUAUACCGCGAUCUGAAACUGGACAACAUCCUGCUGGAUGCGGAGGGCCACUGCAAACUCGCGGAUUUCGGGAUGUGCAAGGAGAACAUCGUUGAAGGCGAGACGACAACGUCGACCUUCUGUGGCACGCCGGACUACAUCGCUCCCGAGAUACUCCAAGAGCUGCCAUACGGCGCAAGCGUCGACUGGUGGGCUCUUGGCGUUCUGUUGUACGAGAUGUUGGCCGGCCAGCCACCGUUCGAGGCCGAGAACGAGGAUGAGCUGUUCGAGACGAUCUUACGGGAAGACGUACUCUACCCGGUGUGGCUCUCCAAGGAAGCGGUGUCUAUCUUGAAGAGCUUCAUGACCAAGAAUCCUGCCAAACGAUUAGGUUGUGUCGCAGCCGAAGGUGGUGAAAAAGCCAUAAAGCUCCAUCCAUUUUUCCGCCACAUAGAUUGGGAAGCGCUCGAGUUGCGGAAAGUCAAAGCACCAGUUAGACCGAAAAUUGAAAACCAGAGGGAUGCUACGAAUUUCGACAAGCAAUUUACAAAGGAAGAUCCCGUGUUGACGCCGAUCGAAGAGGGAAGCGAAGAAAUAAAUCAGGAAGAAUUUAGCGAUUUCUCCAUGGUCAACAAGGACUUCAAUCCAGCCAAGUUUGCAGCGCAAUAAGAGACGCUUAACUGCGGUGCGGAAAGGAAAUGAAUCGAGGCCCGUCGAUGUCGUCUCGGUGUGAAGGUACCUGAAGAAGGCGUGACAUGACCGAUCUCGUCGAUCUCCUCGUCGAUCUUCUCACGUUCUCCGAACGGUGCGAUGAGUGCGGAAGCACAACGUGGACGACGGAAGCAUUCCUCGAGGAGCGUUCGCGCCACGAGGGGGAUGCCACUUCGAGGAUAAAGGAUCUCAUUUCGGCAGGGGACGAUCCUCUUCACCCAGAAACGAAAUCGGCGUACGUGCAUUUAUUACAUAAUCUAGAACAUAGUCAGAACAGAGAUUCAUGAAACGGGUUCGACACUCGGAUUCACGAGGGGUUCACGGUGAUUUGAAAGUUUCCGGGAGAAGAGGAGAGUAAAGAGCGAGAGGAGAGACGGAUUAGUCCGGCCUACGCUUUAAAACAUAGAGAAGAGGAAAAAACAGCAAACAACAAAAGUAACAAAAAAGAAUAUACUAAAGACGAUCUCGCGCGUUUGUGUGUGUGUGUGUGUGUGUGUGUGCGUGCGUGCGUGCGUAUGUAUGCGUGUGUGGGAAGGAAGAUCAUGAUGUGUGUCCGACAAAGGCAAACCAUCCUGCGGGAUGUUACCCCGCGGGAGUCGUGCGCGGCCCCCCAUUUCUUUUAGGCUUAGUACAACUCGGAGUGCAACUCGUCGGACGUCCGCAUCUCGUUUCCCGCGUUAUCUUUAGUUUACGAUACCGAAAGAUACUCACCGAGUCGCGCUCUCGUGCGUCGUGCAACCCCAACGUGUCGCCGAGCGGAUUGAUGGAAGAGCGCCAGCGGUUGCCGUCCUCAGCACAUCGACGUACGACGGGAGUAUCAGUAUUCCGAGGACGAAAUCGGCGUACGUGCAUUUAUUACAUAAUCUAGGACGUAGUCAGAAAUAGAGAUUCAUCAAACGGGUUCGACACUCGGACUCACGAGGGACGAUAAUUUAAAAAAAAGUUUCCGGGAGGAUGGGAGAGCGAGGAGCGAGAGGAGAGACGGAUUAGUCCGGCCUACGCUUUAAAAUAUAGAGAAGAGGAAAAAACAA